AUGUCUUCAAUUGAUUUCAAAUCUACUAAAUCCGUCACCAAAGACGAUCAUCUUUACACCAAGUUCACCUAUGAGAACUCAUUGGUUGAAAAGGAUCCUCAGGGUAAAUUCCACGUUACUCCAACCUCGGUCGACUACGACUUCAAGUUGGACUUGAAAGUCCCCAAAGUUGGGUUGUUAUUAGUUGGAUUGGGUGGUAACAACGGUACUACAUUGAUGGCAUCGAUCUUGGCCAACAAGCACAAUAUUUCUUUUGAAAACAAGGAAGGUGUUGUUAAGCCAAACUACUAUGGAUCUGUCACUCAAAGUUCAACCAUUAAGAUUGGUGUUGAUGCUGAAGGAAAUGAUGUUUAUGCUCCAUUCAACUCCAUUGUCCCCUUUGUUAAUCCUAAUGAUUUGGUUGUUGAUGGAUGGGACAUUUCUGGACUUGAGUUGGAUCAAGCUAUGAAGAGAGCCAAGGUGUUGGAUGUCACUUUGCAAAAACAAUUGGUGCCUCAUUUACAAGGUAAGAAACCCAUGGAAUCGAUUUAUUAUCCAGAUUUUAUUGCUGCUAAUCAAGGUGACAGAGCUGAUAAUGUGUUCAACAAGGCUGAUGGAGAAAUCAAGACUGAUAACAAGUGGAAAGAUGUUGAAAAGAUUAGACUGGAUAUUAGAGAUUUCAAACAAAAGAAUGGUUUGGAUAAAGUUAUUGUAUUGUGGACUGCCAAUACUGAAAGGUAUGCCGAUGUAUUGCCUAAAGUCAAUGACACUGCUGAUAACUUGAUUGCUUCGAUCAAAUCUAAUCAUGAAGAAAUUGCUCCAUCAACCAUCUUUGCUGUCGCUUCCAUCUUGGAAAACGUGCCAUAUAUCAAUGGAUCUCCACAAAAUACUUUUGUUCCUGGUGUUAUCGAGUUGGCUGAAAAGCACCAUUCAUUUAUUGGUGGUGACGAUUUCAAAUCAGGUCAAACCAAGAUCAAAUCUGUCCUUGCCCAAUUCUUGGUUGAUGCUGGUAUCAAACCAAUUUCAAUUGCCUCGUAUAACCAUUUGGGUAACAAUGAUGGUUACAACUUGUCGGCUCCUAAGCAAUUUAGAUCAAAGGAAAUUUCAAAACAAUCAGUAGUUGAUGAUAUGAUUGAAAGUAAUGAAAUCUUGUACAAUAAAGAAUCUGGAGAUAAAGUUGACCAUUGUAUUGUUAUCAAAUACUUGCCAGCUGUUGGUGACUCGAAGGUGGCUAUGGACGAGUACUAUUCUGAAUUGAUGCUUGGUGGACACAACAAGAUUUCCAUCCACAAUGUAUGUGAAGACUCAUUAUUGGCCACACCUUUGAUUAUUGAUUUGGUUGUGGUUACUGAGUUUUUAGAAAGAGUUCAAUACAAGAAGCUGCAAGAGUCUGAUGACAAUUACCAUGAUUUCUAUGCUGUUUUGACAUUGUUGAGUUAUUGGUUGAAGGCUCCAUUAUCGAGACCUGGAUUCAAGACUAUCAAUGGGUUGAACAAGCAAAGACAAGCAUUGGAGAAUUUGUUGAGGUUGUUGGUUGGAUUGCCAAUUAACAAUGAAUUGAGAUUUGAAGAGAGAUUGGUUUAG